CACCCACUCACCUUCUGCCUCCAAUCAUCAGGACCCCCUCAAGCUCCGUUUGAGAGUCACUUAAAUCCGGCCGGUGUCUUGGCGCAGGCAAAGGUUGCCUGGCCUUCUCAAUACUGUGGACGAGAAGACACAGGCACGGACACUUCAUCACGCACCGGCAUGGAGACGCAGAGAUGCGGAAAGUUGCGUAGCCCCGUCGUAAAACGGCUACAGACAAACACAGCCAGCAAUUCUAGGCUGUGCACAAACCUACUGACACGAACAGACAAAUUUGGUCAAUGCAUUGCAGACUUGAUAACAGCUGGCCUGAUGGUCAAAUUCCCACCCUCUUGUCCGUCGUCCCAUUGCUCAAGUCAAGAGCUCCAUCUCCUUCGCCUCCGUUCCUCCCUCUCUCCUCCUCCUUCUCCUCCUCAUCAUCCGCCUUAUCAUCAUCUUCAUUCUCCUACUACUCUUCCUCACCCUUUUCGUCGUCCUCCUCCUCCCCCUCCUGAUGUCAGACUCUGGUGUUGUGCCAAUGAAGCAAAUUCCCACGUAGCUGAAUUUAGCCAGUGGGAAGUCAGGUUAAGGGAUAACAGACUUCCCAGGACUUGA